AUGGAGCCUAUGGGAGCUAUGAGUAAUAUUUGGAAUGCUGCAGAGGGAUUGUUGGACAGCUGCUCAGAGGAGGACUAUGACUGUCCCAUAUGUCAGGAUGUCCUGAGAACCCCCAUCAGGACCAGGAACUGCAGACAUGUGUAAAUAUACAAAACCAUAACCCAUAGUCAGGCCAAGGCAUUGCCCAGGUCAAAUAAUAAAAUAACCAAAUAUUUGAGGUCAAAUAAUCCACAAAAUGGCUGGCUCAGCUCAAUACUUUAGUUGACAGAUGUCUGUGAUGGUACAAAAAAAUGUCUAAGCCAACUCAUGAGGAUAUGUCCUAUAGCCUACAAUAAAAUACAAUAUCUUCGAAACAAUAACCAUCUCUGUCCUCCCAGGUUCUGUAAAGACUGCUUCCGCCUGGCUGUGAGGGCCCAGGGACCACACUGUCCCCUGUGCAGGGGCCCCGUAUCGGAGACUGAAAAGAGAGCAGCAGAUGUCCAGCAGCAGAUGAGGGAGAGGAAAGGACAGUGCAGGGCCUGUGGUACUACGGUAGGAGACACUAUUUAUUACACUUUGUGUAUGAUGUUUACACUUCAAUAUUUUACCUGUGUGGAGUACAGAACAUCUACUCAGUGUUUUGUUACCUAAAUACUGAGGAGGGCACUGUUCUUCCAUUGUUUCCCCUCCAUUUACAGUCAUGCUAGGGGAAUCCCAUAGCUAGUACAUUUAGUUCUUCCCCAAACCAACACUACAAUCAGGUCGCUGAUCAAAGGGAUAACACACAGGAGGAAAACUCUGUAGUCUACACAUCUACACACUACGAUAAAUAUAGUCCAAAGUGUGCUUAUGAUUUUCACCCCCUUAAGUAUUCCUAGGGGUGAAAAGUAUACUUCAUAUAGGGGGAAGACCUAAGGGGUUGAAAUGUUAAUAAACACACUCGGGACUAUAAUAUCACAGUGUAUGUGCUCCUUUUUUGAUGAUGAACAUUUACUUUGAUAUCUAACACCUGCUCAAAGCCAUUGGAUGUGUGUACAAGGUUACAUCCCCUGAUCAUAGACAAACAGCAUAUCUCGAUGAGGUAGAUUACACAACUCUUACUUUUAGAUUGUGGUCCUCUGUAGCUCAGCUGGUAGAGCACGGCGCUUGUAACGCCAAGGUAGUGGGUUCGAUCCCCGGGACCACCCAUACACAAAAAAAAAUUAUGCACGCAUGACUGUAAGUCGCUUUGGAUAAAAGCGUCUGCUAAAUGGCAUAUUAUAUUAUAUUAUUAUAGAUUCAUUUCAUCUAUCUAAGCAGUGGCGACCCGUCAUUUAGGGCGUUUUGAGCCCCACAUUUGUAGCUUUUUUGGGGUGGGUGGGCUUGCCUGUUUUCCAUGUUAUUUUGGCAUUAAUACGUGUCACACAUCAGUUUGCAAACAAUGUAAAAAAACAAAACAAUCAUUGAGUUAAUAAAGCCGCAUACAAACAUGGUCUAUUUUUGCUUUAUUGAGUAGCUCAAAGAUAAAGGUGUUUCAGCCUAGCUCAGUGCUUUCUGUGGUAGUGGGACAGCCAGCGGAAAAUACGGAGCGUAGGUGUUGGUAAGGUUCUCUAGUUACGCCGUGAUUGGCUCAGUGUUCUGUCACUGUUUUGAAUGGGCAUCCAACUCGGAAUUGUAAGUCGGGAACUCGGGCCUCUUUCUAGAGCUACGACCUGAAGAUCACUGACGUCAUCAUGAUUCAACCUUGUUUUUUUCAGAGUUCCCAGUUGAAAGCACCAUAAAUCCAGAGAAUUUGGUCAAUUUUCCCCUCAUAAUUUUGCCUACUGUUAUGACUUGGUGGUGCACAUGUAGCCUAUAACCUGUUUCAUUGAAUAUUGUAAGAGCUUUCAUUGUCUGCUUAUAUUCCCCCUUUAUUUAUCCUACGGUUCUGACUUGGUGUACAGGGAGAACACUGUAAGAACGGCCCAUGUUCUGAAUUCUGUCACUGUACAUUUCAAAAGUGCUGAAAAAAUAGUUAAAUUGACUAUGUCCGUCCUAGAUCGCUCAUUAAUGUCUUCAUCGAAAUUACAGAUUGCCUCUUAUCUGCUUGUUGUCCCCUUAUGCCAUAGUUUGCACAUCUCAAUUUUCAGUAGAAACCAGAUUUGUUUAAGCAAGUCAGCCAUAUCAGCUAUGUUUUUUUAAAAGGCAGUAAAUGAGGCUGAAUGAACUGUUUCGCUGCCAGACAAGGUGCCGCUGAUAGCCAUGUGUAGCAGUGGAAAAGUGUUGGGACUGCUGUUGGUACUCUGCUGUUGGGACAGCUUUAUGUAGGCCCUAACAGUUUGUGGGCACCGUUUGUCACCGUUAUAGUACAAAUAAUGUAUUGUUUGGUUGUUGUGUUGUGUAGCGGCUUUUCUGGCAUGCAUCCCACAUAUAUUAAAGUUUUUGCACAGUUGAAGUCGGACGUUUACAUACACCUUAGCCAAAUACAUUUAAACUCUGUUUUUCACAAUUCCUGACAUUUAAUCCUAGUAAAAAUUCCCUGUCUUAUGUCAGUUACGAUCGCCACUUUAUUUUAAGAAUAUGAAAUGUCAGAAUAAUAGUAGAGAUGAUGAUUUAUUUCAGCUUUUAUUUCUUUCAUCACAUUCCCAGUGGGUCAGAAGUUUACAUACACUCAAUUAGUAUUUGUUAGCAUUGCCUUUAAAUUGUUUAACUUGGGUCAAACGUUUCGGGUAGCCUUCCACAAGCUUCCCACAAUAAGUUGGGUGAAUUUUGGCCCAUUCCUCCUGACAGAGUUGUUGUAACUGAGUCAGGUUUGUAGGCCUCCUUGCUCGCACACACUUUUCCAGUUCUGCCCACAAAUGUUCUAUAGGAUUGAGGUCAGGGCUUUGUGAUGGCCACUCCAAUACCUUGACUUUGUUGUCCUUAAGCCAUUUUGCCACAACUUUGGAAGUAUUCCUCUUUAAGGAAUACCUGGAAUAGAAUAAAGCAAUCCUUAAACCCCCCCUCCCCCAAUAAAAAAAAAGAAGGAAAAAAAGUGGUUGUCCCACUGGCUAUCAUAAGUUGAAUGCACCAAUUUGUAAGUCGCUCUGGAUAAGAGUGUCUGAUAAAUGAUGUAAAUGUUUUAAAAAAUGUAAAUGUAUGCUUGGGGUCAUUGUCCAUUUGGAAUACCCAUUUGCGACCAAGCUUUAACUUCAUGACUGAUGUCUUGAGAUGUUGCUUCAAUAUAUCCACAUAAUUUUCCUUCCUCAUGAUGCCAUUUAUUUUGUGAAGUGCACCAGUCCCUCCUGCAGCAAAGCACCCCCACAGCAUUAUGCUGCCACCCCCAUGCUUCACGGUUGGGAUGGUGUUCUUCGGCUUGCAGCAAACCCCCUUUUUCCUCCAAACAUAACGAUGGUCAUUAUGGUCAAACAGUUCUAUUUUUGUUUCAUCAGACCAGAGGACAUUUCUCCGAAAUGUAGGAUCUUUGUCCCCAUGUGCAGUUGCAAACCGUAGUCUGGCUUUUUUUAUGGCGGUUUUGGAGCAGUGGCUUUUUCCUUGCUGAGCGGCCUUUCAGGUUAUGUCGAUAUAGGACUAAUUUUACUGUGGAUAUAGAUACUUUUGUACCUGUUUCCUCCAGCAUCUUCACAAGGUCCUUUGCUGUUGUUCUGGGAUUGAUUUGCACUUUUCUCACCAAAGUACGUUCAUCUCUAGGAGACAGAACGCGUCUCCUUCCUGAGCGGUAUGACGGCUGCGUGGUCCCAUGGUGUUUAUACUUGCGUACUAUUGUUUGUACAGAUGAACGUGGUACCUUCAGGCGUUUAGAAAUUGCUCCCAAGGAUGAACCAGACUUGUGGAGAUCUACAAAAAAAUGUCUGAGGUCUUGGCUGAUUUCUUUUGAUUUUCCCAUGAUGUCAAGCAAAGAGGCACUGAGUUUGAAGGUAGGCCUUGGAAUACAUCCACAGGUACACCUCCAAUUGACUCAAAUGAUGUCAAUUAGCCUAUCAAAGAUUCUAAAGCCAUGACAUCAUUAACUGGAAUUUUCCAAGCAGUUUAAAGGCACAGUCAACUUAGUGUAUGUAAACUUCUGACCCACUGGAAUUGUGAUACAGUGAAUUAUAAGUGAAAUAAUCUGUCUGUAAACAACUGUUGGAAAAAUGUACUUGUGUUAUGCACAAAGUAGAUGUCCUAACCGACUUGCCAAAACUAUAGUUUGUUAACAAGAAAUGUGUGGAGUGGUGGAAAAACAAGUUUUAAUGACUCCAACCUAAGUGUAUGUAAACUUCCGAAUUCAACUGUAUUUGCAAUUGUAGGCAAACAUUUGAUACAAUAAAUAUGUUGAAAUGACGAUAUGACUGGAGUCAUUGCAAAUCACUUGUAGUCUACCUGGAGCUGGCAAAACAAUUUAAUAAAUAGCCUAUAACUUCAGUUUAUUGUUGUUGUAGCAUUGUGUUAUUAUGAACGCAUUAGAUUGACGGUAACAGUAGUCAGAUUAGGCUACAGGUAAAACACAUUCAAAAAAAUAAACACUGGCUGUUGUUGACAAGCAUAUUCAGUUCAUAUACACUACCCUACCGGUCUAAAGUUUUAGAACACCUACUUAUUCAAGGGUUUUUCUCUAUUUUUACUAUUUUCUACAUUGUAGAAUCAUAGUGAAGACAUAAAAACUAUGAAAUAACACAUAUGGAAUCAUGUAGUAACCAAAAAAGUGUUCAACAAAUCAAAAUAUAUAUUUUGUAUUUGAGGUUCUUCAAAUAGCCACCCUUUGCCUUGAUGACAGCUUUGCACACUCUUGGUAUUCUCUCAACCAGCUUCAUGAGGUAGUCACCUGGAAUGUAUUUCAAUUAAGCGGUGGGCCUUCUUAAAAGUUCAUUUGUGGAAUUCAUUUCCUUCUUAAUGCGUUUGAGCCAAUCAGUUGUGUUGUGACAAGGUAGGGGGGGAUUAAAGAAAAUAGCCCUAUUUGGUAAAAGACCAAGUCCAUUUUAUGGCAAGAACAGCUCAAAUAAGCAAAGAGAAAUGACAGUCCAUCAUUACUUUAAGACAUGAAUGUCAGUCAAUAUGGGACAUUUCAAGAACCUUUAAAGUUUCUUCAAGUACAGUCGCAAAAACCAUCAAGAGCUAUGAUGAAACUGGCUCUCAUGAGGAUCGCCACAGGAAUGGAAGACCCAUAGUUACCUCUGCUGCAGAGGAUAAAUUCAUUGGAGUUAACAGCCUCAGAAAUUGCAGCCCAAAUAAAUGCUUCACAGAGUUCAAGUAACAGACACAUCUCAACAUCAACUGUUCAGAGGAGACUGUGAAUCAGGCCUUCGUGAUUGAAUUGCUGCAAAGAAACCACUACUAAAGGACACCAAUAAUAAGAAGAGACUUGCUUGGGCCAAGAAACACGAGAAAUGGACAUUAGACCGGUGGAAAUUUGAAAAGUGAAUGGGACAAGAAGUUUGAAGUUUCUUCACUUGUCUGUGUCUUAUAAAAAUAAACAUAAACUAACUUCAUAACUUCAAAGCCCUGAUUGCUAGGGUCAUUUUAAGAUGUCAGGCUUGAACAUCCGUUUAGCCAUUUUGGCACAGUGACUCACUACCCAAACCAGACGCAACUGGUUUCAAGUGGCCAAGAGACGUCAUUUGAUCUCCUACUGCUGUCUAGUGGAUGAACUGAGAAUCAGACAGAGGAUAUAUGGUAUUGCACAUUGCACAUUGCACAAGCCCUGCACUUUUAAAAUGGCUGCGUUCCAGUGGGAAUUUGUGCAUGUUUAGAGCGCCACCAUUAGGUAAAAGAUCUGAUAAAACAUUUUAUCCUGUGUAGGUACACUGGCAAUGGUGGGCUGUGGAAGCAGAGUGCUUGUGGCGAAUCGUCUUGAUCCGUCUGCGGUGUACGGCCAGAUGGAUAAGACUGCCGGAAGUGGUGUAGGGCUCGUAGACCUUAACCACAAACUGUUUGGACCUCUUGCAGAAGAUUUGCUGAUACUGCAAGACAUGGUUGUGGUGUUACCAUUUUACACUUUUUGUGGAAGGGAUGUAGGGCAACACACCUUUGUUGGUAUCGGUGUCAAUUAACAGGUGUGGCUUCUUAAAAGUUAAUUUGUGGAAUUUAUAUCCUUCGUAUUGCGUUUGAGCCAAUCAGUUGUGUUGUGACAAGGUAGGGGGGGGGGGUAUACAGAAGAUAGCCCUAUUUGGUAAAAGACCAAGUCCAUAUUAUGGCAAGAACAGCUCAAAUAAGCAAAGAGAAAUGACAGUCCAUCAUUACUUUAAGACAUGAAGGUCAGUCAAUACGGAACAUUUCAAGAACUUUUAAAGUUUCUUCAAGUGCAGUCGCAAAAACCAUCAAGCGCUAUGAUGAAACUGGCUCUCAUGAGGACCGCCACAGGAAUGGAAGACCCAUAGUUACCUCUGCUGCAGCGGAUAAGUUCAUUAGAGUUACCAGCCUCAGAAAUUGCAGCCCAAAUAAAUGCUUAACAGAGUUUAAGUCUCAGACACAUCUCAACAUCAACUGUUCAGAGGGUACUGUGUGAAUCAGGCCUUCAUGGUCGAAUUGCUGCAAAGAAACCACUACUAAAGGACACCAAUAAGAAGAAGAGACCUGCUUGGGCCAAGAAACACGAGCAAUGGACAUUAGACCGGUGGAAAUGUGUCCUUUGGUCUAGAGUCCAAAUUUGAGAUUUCUGGUUCCAACCGCCGUGUCUUUGUGAGACGUUGUGUGGGUGAACAGAUGAUCUCUGCAUUGUGGGGGUGCUUUGCUCGUAACACUGUCUGUGAUUUAUUUAGAAUUCAAGGCACACUUAACCAGCAUGGCAACCACAGCAUUCUGCAGCGAUAAGCCAUCCCAUCUGGUUUGGGCUUAGUAGGACUAUCAUUUGUUUUUCAACAGGACAAUGACUGAAAACACAUCUUCAGGCUGUGUAAGGGCUAUUUUCCCAAGAAGGAGAGUGAUGGAGUGCUGCAUCAGAUGACCUGGCCUCCACAAUCCCCCGACCUCAACCAAAUUGAGAUGGUUUGGGAUGAGUCGGACCACAGAGUGAAGGAAAAGCAGCCAACAAGUGCUAAGCAUAUGUGGGAACUCCUUCAAGACAGUUGGAAAAGCAUUAUGUCACCCAAUAUCCCGAGGCCAUUCCCAUACUGGCGGCAGUCUCCAAGGGAAUCGCCCGGGAGCUGUUCCACCUCUUCAGCCAGGUGGGCAUCCCGAACGAGAUCCUGACCGACCAAGGUACCGAGUUCAUGUCCCGACUGAUGAAAGAUUUUUGUGCUCUCCUACAGCAGAUCUGGACCUCUAUCUUUCACCCGCAGACGGAUGGGCUCGUCGAAUGGUUCAAUAAGACGCUCAAACAAAUGCUGCGGAAGGUCAUCGAGCGGGACAGGAAGAACUGGGACCAGCUUCUACCCCACCUAAUGUUCUCAAUCCGAGAAGUUCCCCAGGCAUCCACUGGGUUUUCCCCUUUUGAACUCCUCUAUUGGAGGAGACCAUACGGCCUACUGGAUCUCGCCAAGGAGGUGUGGGAAGCCCAGCCGAACCCCUUACGCAGCGUGGUGGAACACGUAGAGACGAUGAGGGAGCGGAUGACAGCCAUAUGGCCAGUGGUAAGGGAACAUAUGGAGAAGUCCCAGCGCGCCCAAGCCAAGGUCUACAAUCAGGGGACCCAGCCCCGAGAGUUCCAGGUGGGUGACAAGGUGCUAGUUUUAAUCCCCAAGCAGAAAGUAAGGUCCUGGCAACAUGGCACGGGCCGUACGAGGUGACAGAGAAGCUGGGACCCGUAAAUUACAUUACGGAGACUACAUCACAUGUGCCAGGUCUCGACAGGUCCUCCGAUCAGGGCUAAUUGGGACUGAUUAAGGCUGGUGAGUAAUCAAGGGGCUGAUUGCUCACCAGCCGUAUGGAGCCCAUAAAGUUGCCAGGAGGGCAGCACAGGGGAGAGGUUGGAGGUAGUGAGAGGUUGCUACCGGAUAGACGUCCUCACGGUCUGCUAGAACCGUGGGGCUUGGUGUUCUACCCCAGAGGAGACAGCAUUCCCCGGAGCCCAGAAGACGGUAACCCGGAAGAGGUCUACUCCGAGUCUGAUCUGUGUAAACGUUUAGAUCAAACCCCCUGGUCUGCCACAUCUUAUAAUCUCCACCCGGCACAGCCAGAAGAGGACUGGUCACCCCUCAGAGCCUGGUUCCUCUCUAGGUUUCUUCCUAGGUUCCUGCCUUUCUAGGGAGUUUUUCCUAGCCAACGGUGGCUACAUCUGCAUUGCUUGCUGUUUGGGGUAUUAGGCUGGGUUUCUGUAUAGCACUUUGUGACAUCUGCUGAUGUAAAAAGGGCUAAAUAAAUACAUUUGAUUUGAUUUAGCAACACGAUCGGCGGAUUAGAUAAUUUUGUAGCUAAUUAUGGUUGCUAAUUUGUUGAAAACAAAAAUAAUGUUACUUCACACAUCACCCAUUUUAUGUAUAGACCUAUGUGAUUUCACUUCUCAGAAGUUUCUCAGCAAGAUGAGAGUUCACUACAAAAGCUGCAGGAAGUACCUUGAGGAGUAUGGCACCCCUCUUGACGCACCACCCCCACCAGUCACACCAGCGACUCAGGAAGUCAGCCGUGUACCAAUGGAUACAAUCCACAUGACUGGGCAAGUAUACAGACAUUGAAUCCACCGAAUCGUAGGAUUAGUACUACUAGUAUUACUUUUAAUAAUACUGUAGUAGCAGAAGUAGCCUAUUAGAACUUGAAAUACAAGUAUUGGUACUGUAGUGUGGUACUACUAAUAGUAGCAGAGGGAGUAGUAGUCCUUCUGGUUAUUUUAAUAGUAAAGGUAUAGGCCUAGUACCUGACUAUGGUGGAAGUGUUCUAGAGGCCAUAGUGCUGUCGCUAUCCUGAACUUUUCAUGGUCAGUGAAGGUGUACCGAGCACGCCCCCAUUCUCAUCAACGGGGCUGUAGUGGAGCAGGUUGAGAGCUUCAAGUUCCUUAGUGUCCACAUCACCAACAAACUAACAUGGUCCAAGCACACCAAGACAGUCGUGAAGAGGGCACAACAAAACCUAUUCCCCCUAAGGAGACUGAAAGGAUUUGGCAUGGGUCCUCAGAUCCUCAAAAGGCUCUACAGCUGUACCAUCGAGAGCAUCCUGACUGCUUGCAUCACUGCCUGGUAUGGCAAAUGCUCGGCCUCCGACCGCAAGGCAUUACAGAGGGUAGCGUACGGCCCAGUACAUCACUGGGGCCAAGCUUCCUGCCAUCCAGGACCUCUAUACAAGGCGGUGUCAGAGGAAGGCCCUAAAAAUUAUCAAAGACUCCAGCCACCCUAGUCAUAGACUGUUCUCUCUGCUACCGCACGGCAAGCGGUACCGGAGCACCAAGUCUAGGUCCAAGAGGCUUCUAAACAGCUUCUACCCCCAAGCCAUAAGACUCCUGAACAUCUAAUCAUGGCUACCCAGACUAUCAGUUCUGCAUCAUAAGGCAUCUACCUAAGAUCCAAUCUUUUAAAGUAAAAUAAGGCAGCAUCCUAGGAAUAUCAAUAACCAGUCCUAGAUAAGACAACACUGAAACUACUCAGUCUGCAUUAAGCUGACCGCUUGGUUUGAAUUGGUCGAUCUUUACUUUGUCCCAGUUACAACUUAUAAUCAAGGACAUGACUCAUUGGACCGUAGCAUCAGCAAGAGGACAGAAACGUUCUCAUCUUAAUGUCCUCUUUGAUGAUAUAUUGGCUAUAGUGAAUACAUUUGUGAAUAACUCAUGUGUUAAAUAGCUAGAUAGCCUGUGACAGAUAGUAUAUAAGCAACAGACUUAAUUCUGAUUUAUAGUUAUGGAUGCAAUGUUAUCAUGACUUUAAUCAGCUUUCUCUUCCUCUUUCAAUAAACAUGAUCUGUAUAGAAGUCAUGGAGAUGAAUAAUUAAGAAAACAUAUUUGUUUGAGAGUUUUUUCUGAUAGUUGAGAUUGGAUAUUUUGAUCAUUGAUCACAGAAUUAUACACUUAAAGUGAUGUAUAUUUGACUAUUCUCAUUAGGUUUUCCUCUAGGCCUCUACCAGGACAGCCCACACAAACACAGAUAUCUGAGUUGGUAAGGUAUGUAUGAUCUUACUGUCAAAAUGGAUCCAUGUUGUUGUUGUGAAAAUGUAGUCUUUUUGUGCAUGUGUUAAUGAUGGUGACUUGUUUCUCAGGCCCAGAGUGUUGACUUUGGGCCUUCUGGGAGGAAGGGUGUACUCCUGCCCAUACUGCCCCCUGCAGGGGCUCACAGACAUGACACUGGUCCAGCACUGUGUCGGCAGCCACGCAGGAGAGAACGCUCCAGCUGUGAGUGAGCCUAUUCUAUCUUUCACCUAACUUUCAAACAUGAACCUGAAUAGCAAGAGCUGCAACAUGUCUUGAACAGUAAUUAAUGCUAGAUAUUAUAUGUAUUCUGAACAAAAAUAUAAACGCAACAUGUAAAUUGUUGGUUUCAUGUUUCAUGAGCUGAAAUAAAAGAUCCCAGACAUUUUCCAUACUCACAAAGAUAUGAUUUCUCUCAAAUGUUGUGCACAAAUUUGUUUACAUCCCUGUUAGUGAGCAUUUCUCCUUUGACAAGAUAAUCCAUCCACCUGACAUGUGUGGCAUAUCAAUAAACUGAUUAAACAGCAUGAUCAUUACACAGGUGCACCUUGUGCUGUGGACAAUAAAAGGCCACUCUAAAAUGUGUGGUUUUGUCACACAUGUCUCAAGUUUUGAGGGAGUGUGGAAUUGGCAUGCUGACUGCAGGAAUGUCUACCAGAGCUGUUGCCAGAGAAUGUUAAUUUCUAUACCAUAAGCCGCAUCCAACAUGGUUUGAGAAUUUGGCAGUACGUCCAACAGGCCUCACAACUGCAGACCAUGUAUAACCACGUAAACUCAGGACCUCCACUUCCGGCUUCUGAAUCUGCAGGAUUGUCUGGGACCAGGCACCCAGACAUCUGAUGAAACUGUAGGCUUGCCCAACCAAAUAAUUUCUGCACAAACUGUCAGAAACCGUCUCAGGGAAGCUCAUCUGCGUGGUCGUCGUCCUCACCAGGGUCUUGACCUGACUGCUGUUUGGCGUCGUGACUGACUUCAGUGGGCAAAUUCUCACCUUUACGGAUUAAUCCCGGUUUCAACUAUACCGGGGAGAUGGCAGACAGCGUGUAUGGCGUCGUGUGGGCGAGUAGUUUGCUGAUGUCAACGUUGUGAAAAGAGUGCCCCAUGGUGGCGGUGGGGUUAUGGUAUGGGCAGGUAUAAGCUACGGAUAAUGAACAGAAUUGCAUUUUAUCAAUUGCAAUUUGAAUGCACAGAGAUACUGUGACGCGGUUCUUAGGCCCAUUGUCGUGCCAUUCAUCCACUGCCAUCACCUCAUGUUUCAGCAUGAUAAUGCAUGGCCCCAUGUCGCAAGGAUCUGUACACAAUUCAUGGAAGCUGAAAAUGUCCCAGUUCUUCCAUGGCCUGCAUACUCACCAGACAAGUCACCCAUUGAGCAUCUUUGGGAUUUUCUGGAUCGACGUGUACGACAGCGUGUUUCAGUUCCUGACAAUAUCCAGCAACUUCACACAGCCAUUGAAGAGGAGUGGGACAACAUUCCACAUGCUACAAUCAACAGCCUGAUCAACUCUAUGCAAAGGAGAUGUGUUGCACUGCAUAAGGCAAAUGGUGGUCACAGCAGAUACUGACCGGUUUUCUGAUCCACGCCCUACCCUUUUCUUUUAAGGUAUCUGUGACCAACGGAUCUGUAUUCCCAGUCAUGUGAAAUCCAUAGAUUAGGGCCUGUUAGGUUCUGACAAACAGAGUGAAAAACUAACGGACAACUACUCAAAGCUCAAACCAAGUUUAUUCACCCAAUGGGUCAAACAGUUGCAAAGACAUGUUUCCACCAGCACAAGUAUUUAUACCCUCCUUUAGGCGGAGUCUCUUCCUUGCACCUCUAAACACUACAUCUUUGUUGCUAGGCAGGAAGUUAAGUGAUGUGUGUAAUGCAACUGUUCCUUCUCCCUUCAUCUAACCUGACCUGACCUCAGCCCAUAUUCCUCACUAAUCCACAGCUAUCCAACCUUAUCAGUGACCGCAACCAAGUGAUUGUCUUUUCUCUUACUUAGUAACUUUCCAGACCCAUACUUCUUAUCCAACCUCCAUUGACCCCCACCAUAUACCUUCCUCAUACAUGUAAUCUAGUAUAGCAAGUAUUUCAAACUAGAACCCAACAGGCCUCAUUAAUUCAUUUCAAUUGACUUCAAUUUGUUAAGUGUACAAAUAAUUAGGAUGUUAUGAGUUUCUAGGGUUUCUUCAACCACAUCUGGUAACCAAUGGUGGGCACUCCCUUGUCUGAUGUUAUUCCCUUUUCCCCCAAGUCAGUAUAUCAUAUCCAUCAAUCAUUCUACCAUAAACAUCAGUAAUCUCCCAUGACAUAAUGGAAUGGAGACUCUGUGGCACCAAGUCACUUAUCUACUAACUCUAACUUGGUUCACACAACACUAUGAAAACAUCAAAACAUAGGAUGUGCUGUUUGUUCUGUUUGGGAAGUCAACCCAACACCCCCUCUCUCCUCUAGGUGUGUCCCAUCUGUGCUGCCACUGUUUGGGGCAAUGCUAGUUACUGUAGCCGAAACCUCACCGGUCACAUGGCUAUCAGGCAUUGUUUCAGCUAUGACACCUACAUGGUGAGUGUCUCAUUAUUUUUCUCUGAAGAUAUGACAAUGACUUCCAUAGAGAAAAAAAACUGGAUCACGAUUUCCAAGAAAUCCUUCCUAGAAAUUCUUCAGAGGAAAAUCAUUAUGUCUCGUUGUUCUUGACAGCACUGUAACUCAAUGCAUUUUCAAAAGCAACAGGCUGAACCUUACAUUAUUCUCACAUAGAGUACAUACCAUCAUGUCUAGUCUAGAUGCUAUCCUGCAUCUCAGUGCUAGAGGCGUCACUACAGACCCUGGUUCGAUUCCAGGCUGUUUCACAAUCUGGCUGUGAUUGGGAGUCCCAUAAGGCGGCGCACAAUUGGCCCAGCGUCGUCCGGGUUUGGCCGGGGUAGGCCGUCAUUGUAAAUAAGAAUUUGUUCUUAACUGACUUGCCUAGUUAAAUAAAGGUUAAAUACAACAAAAACAACAACAAAAAGAUGCUAUCCUAGAACACAAUGGCCCAUUUCCCUUCCUAUUGUUGUGUCGUGUAUUUUGGACAUACCAUAAACAAAGAUGGUUCAUGUUAGUUUGUGUUCUCUGCUUGACGUCCUCCUUUCCAUGGAAUCCUCCUGUAUGUUCCCAGAAUGUAGCAGAGGACGAAUACACCCAACUCUGCCUCGCCAUUCAGCAGUCAGUGCAACAGGGCACCGGCAUCACAGAGUGA